ACAUCCAAAAGCGGAUCAAAUUUGUGGGACAUGGCACAAGGAAACAAUUAUGGGCAAAGCAGCAAUGGGGUGGCUGAUGAAUCCCCAAACAUGCUGGUGUACAGAAAGAUGGAAGAUGUCAUAGCCCGUAUGCAAGAUGAGAAAAAUGGGAUUCCUAUUCGUACAGUGAAAAGUUUUCUUUCCAAGAUUCCCAGUGUCUUUUCUGGCUCAGAUAUUGUUCAAUGGUUAACGAAGAAUUUAUCGAUAGAAGACCCAGUUGAAGCUCUGCAUUUGGGAACUCUGAUGGCAGCACAUGGCUAUUUCUUUCCAAUCUCAGACCAUGUUCUAACACUGAAGGAUGAUGGCACCUUUUAUCGAUUCCAAACACCCUAUUUUUGGCCAUCAAAUUGUUGGGAGCCGGAAAACACAGACUAUGCUGUUUACCUCUGCAAGCGGACAAUGCAAAACAAAGCAAGGCUAGAACUAGCAGACUAUGAAGCUGAGAGUUUGGCCAGGCUACAGCGAGCUUUUGCUCGGAAGUGGGAGUUUAUUUUUAUGCAAGCUGAAGCACAAGCAAAGGUUGACAAGAAGAGAGACAAGAUAGAGAGGAAGAUUCUUGACAGUCAGGAGCGAGCAUUUUGGGAUGUGCAUCGUCCGGUGCCCGGCUGUGUAAACACUACUGAAGUGGAUAUCAAAAAAUCUUCAAGAAUGCGAAAUCCACAUAAAACAAGAAAGUCUGUCUAUGGCUUACAAAAUGACAUCCGAAGUCACAGCCCUACGCACACGCCAGUGCCAGAGACUAAGCCACCCACAGAAGAUGAACUACACCAAGAGAUUAAGCACUGGCAAAUGCAAUUAGACAGACAUAGAUUAAAAAUGUCAAAAGUUGCAGAGAGUCUAUUAGCUUAUACAGAGCAGUAUUUGGAAUACGAUCCUUUUCUUGUGCCCCCUGAUCCCUCAAACCCUUGGAUAUCAGAUGACACCACUUUCUGGGAACUGGAGGCAAGCAAAGAGCCAGGACAGCAGAGGGUGAAGCGAUGGGGAUUUGGCAUGGAUGAAGCUUUGAAAGACCCUGUGGGAAGAGAGCAGUUUCUGAAAUUCUUGGAGUCAGAAUUCAGUUCAGAAAAUUUAAGGUUCUGGUUAGCAGUAGAAGACCUGAAGAAGAGGCCCAUCCGUGAAGUUCCUGCUCGCGUCCAAGAAAUCUGGCAGGAAUUUCUUGCUCCAGGUGCACCCAGUGCGAUCAACCUAGAUUCAAAAAGUUAUGACAAAACCACUCAGAAUGUGAAGGAACCUGGAAGAUACACAUUUGAAGAUGCUCAGGAGCACAUUUACAAACUGAUGAAAAGUGAUUCUUAUCCUCGUUUUAUACGAUCCAGUGCCUACCAGGAGCUGCUACAGGCCAAGAAAAAGGCUGGAACGCCACAUUCCUUUUUCCGAGGAGCCAGGAGCCACCUUGAACCGGGGAACUUCUGUAGCGCUUUGAGAGUAACCAUUCACAAAGACCUCACAGCUCUGAACUACAGCACGCACAAAGAACACUUUUUUUCUAACAACUACAAAAUGCUGCAAUAGGCUUUGCUCCAAUGAAACCUCUGUUAGUGGUAGUGGAGCCUGGUAUGUUAGUGACCAAGGAUUUGACUAUCAGAUAAUUGGAAUUAUGUGUUCUUUCCAGAACAACUUGCAUUAUUUAAGAAGAAAAACAAACUCCAAUCAAGCUGGUCAGAGGUUUUGAAAUAUUCAGAUGCAGAGUUCCAAGCCUUAGCCAUUGAGGUACAGUGCAAAGUGCUGCUAAGCAGGCAAUAAGCUCAGGAUUCAUUGCAGUGGCUGAACUUACAAAUACAGAAAGUUCACAGAAAAGCCUGCUCUUGUGAACUUUCAACCAGCAUUUGCAAGCUAAGAACCCAUAGAUUACUUAUAUAAUAAAUGGAUGCAUAUCUGUCCAAAUGUUUAAUAAAGAUACUAUGUGAGAAGCAUGUAACAAGUCAUUUUCCUCUGCAGUAACGAUAUAUUUUUUCUAUCGUAUACAGGACAGUCACAAUAGC